AUGCCCAACAAUAUUCCUUCUUUACCAAAACAAAUACUGACACUCCUCCUUUUGUCUAUUGUCUCCAAACUCCUUCACACUCUCAGUCCUGUUACGCAGCCUGAAUUUCGCCACAUCUGCUUCUGGUCCAGACCACUCACACCCUGGAUCCCCGUGGAGCCGGAGGGAGCCCCCUGCGCUCCCUCCCCCCAGCUCGGGCCUCUCUCUCUGGGCACGGAGCAGCCAGAUGCCAGCCCUGUCGCAGAGGCUUGUUACGACACGCCACAGAAACCCCUCAUUCUCGCCAUGAUCCCGGUGCUAACCUGUACCAUCGAUCCAGGCCAGCUCAUCAGGGCCUUUCAGAGCGCCCUCAGCCAAUCAGAGCGCUCGGAACCUCUCAUCACUGACAGCCGCAGAAGGAGAAGGAGACAUCGCGGAGCCGUGUUCCUCCUUGGCGUUUGGAUGGCGGCGGCGGUAAUGGCGGUCGUGCUGCAGAGAGGGUGCUCCUUGUUCCUGGGAGAUGAUGAUCCAGGUUCAAUUCCACGGAGGGUCCGGGAAUGA